UCCUAAAACGUGUGUCUCUUAUUCUGGUUAUUUAUUAACAUGAGCGGGACGACACAUAUUCAAAUCAAAUCAUUAUGUUUGAAAAGGCAGAUCCGGUGUACCUAAUGAGGAGGCCGGCGGGUGCAUGGUGGGCUGGGCAUUGUUCAGAGUCUCGGGGCGGGAGGAAGGAGUCAUGGUGACGGGCUGGUCGGUAGCACGGAGGCAUGGAGGACGAGGAGGCGAUGAGGCUAGCACGCAGUCCAACAUAACAGCAGCCCGGUGUCUCGGUGCCACUUUGGCGGCGGUGAUGUUUACAGGGAGGCGGGAGGAGGAGGAGGAGUAGACGGAGAGGCAGACAGGUGCGCCUCUUCAGUCCCGAGCCUUCCUCUCCCCGGUCAGGUGCAGCAGCCAUGGAUCCCCGCAACAAGGACAAGAAGACGCGCAACCCCAUGAAAGCCAAGACGAGCAAGCGGAAGGAGAAGAAGCACCGGAGCGGCGUGUUCAGCAGGCGGAAGUCUCUCCGCUCGCUCAGCCAUUUCAUGGGCAGGAUUCUGAAAACUUUGAGCACUUUAGCGCACUUCGGCGAGGGACGGCCGCCGGAGCCUCAAGCGGGGGGAGAGGACGACGACGACGGCGGCUUCACAGACGACGCCCCGGUGGGAGUUGCGACGGUGAAGAAGAGCUCCACGGUGUCCUCCCACGGCUCGGUCAAGGAGCGGCUGUCGUGGUGCUACGGGGACAAGACCCCCGGGGCUCUGGGGCUGAAGAACCACGGCAACACUUGCUUCAUGAACGCCGUGGUGCAGUGCCUCAGCAACACCGACCUUCUGGCCGAGUACCUCGGUCUGGAGCAGUACAAGCCGGACCUGUGCCACCGGAGGACGGCCGUCCAGGUGAGGGGAGACGACACCUCCCGGGGGGAAGUGACCGAGAAGCUGGCGUCGCUGGUUCGAGCCCUGUGGACGCUCGAAUACACGCCGCAGCUUUCCGUGGACUUCAAGAGCAUCGUGGCCAAAUAUGGGUCGCAGUUUCGGGGCAACUCUCAGCACGACGCCCUGGAAUUUCUCCUCUGGCUGUUGGACAGAGUUCAUGAGGAUGCCAAAAACCCAAACAACAACAACAGCAGUAGCAGCAGCAGCAACAAGACCAAAGCCAACGUCAAGGGACCCAGCUCACUGGAGGACCUGUCCAAUUCACGGCCGGCGAGCACACAGCAGCCUCGAGGCCGCAACAGUUUUGUCCAAGAACACUUCCAGGCUCAGUACAGGUCCUCUCUGACGUGUCCUCAUUGCCUUAAGCAGAGCAACACCUUCGACCCUUUUUUAUGUAUCUCCCUGCCCAUCCCUCUGCGACAAACCAGGUCCAUGUGUGUAACGUUGGUGUUCAGCACCAAGGGUCAAAGGUAUCUGCGGGUGGGCCUCGCUGUGCCUCUUUAUGGUUCCUUGUCCACCUUAAGGGCCAUGGUGGCUGAGGAGGGCGGCAUCACUCCGGAGCAGGUCAUCCUGGCCGAAUUGUAUUCCACAGGGUUUCAGCGUUCCUUCUCGGACGACGACGACCUGACAGCGAUCGCCGACAGCGACGUCAUCUACGCCUUCCAAGCUUCGCCUCACUUUGCUCGUGGAGGCUCUUUGCCACGCUCAGGUAUCCAUGGGUAUCACCAUAGCCUCCCCAAUUCCCCCUAUAGCUCCACGGCUGGGUCUGGAGGUCAAAGGUUGCCAUCGUCCAGCACACUGUCCACUGAAUACCUGAGCCAGGGCGGCUCUUCGGCGAAGGUUCUGCUCCUCCUCUGCAACACAUCUGGAUCCGGCCAGCAGGCUGUCAGAUUUGGGCCGCCAUUCAUCAUGGUUGAAGACAGGAGCAUCUCUUGGGAGCAUCUGCAGCAAAGUAUCCUGAGCAAGCUCUAUUAUCUGAUGCUGAACAGAGCCCAGGCUCAGAACACAAGAGCGCUGUUUAAAAUUCGAGUGGUGGGAGGAUCGGCUGCCUAUAGCUACCUGACACCCCAAGAUGGAAAGCCUCUGCACCACACUGCUGUUGACAGAGCCCUGAAAUUUUGCGGCCCCGGGGGACCUCCACAUGUGAAGGUUGUAAUUGAGUGGGAGCAGAAGCUUAAAGACUGUUUGUUUGGCAGUAUCCAGGAGGAAGUAGUACAAGAUGCAGAGAGUGUGAGGAACCAGCAGCAGCAGCACCUGCAGCAACAUAGCUGCACUCUGGAUCAAUGUUUCCAGCUGUAUACCAAAGAAGAGCAGCUCGCCCCAGAUGACGCCUGGAAGUGUCCUCACUGCAAGCAGCUCCAGCAGGGAAUGGUGAAGAUGAGCCUCUGGACGCUUCCUGACAUACUCAUUCUGCACCUGAAGCGCUUCCGACAGGUGGGUGAGCGCAGGAACAAAUUAUCAACACUGGUGCAUUUCCCCCUGACUGGCUUGGACAUGGCCCCCCAUGUGGUGAAGAGGAGCCAGAGUAUGCGCAACCUGAACAGCGGGUCCUGGACCACAUCCUGGCCUAAAGCCUCAGGGAAAAACCACCCGUCUGCUGACAUGGCCCUCCCUUAUGACUCCCUGUAUGACCUCUACGCUCUGUGCAAUCAUCACGGAGGACUGCAUGGAGGACACUACACUGCUUAUUGCCGGAACUCUGUGGACGGCCUGUGGUACAGCUACGAUGACAGCAGUGUGGACCUGGUCCCAGAGGAGGAAAUAUCUACCAGAGGGGCCUAUAUUCUCUUCUACCAAAGGCGCAACAUCAUUCCUCCAUGGUCGGCCAGUAGUUCCUUCCGAGGCUCUACGAGUUCUUCUGUGUCAGACCACUGGUUGAUCCGACUGACUGGAGACAGCAAGAGAGGCAGUAUGGUGUCACGCUCCUCAACCACCUGCCCGUCCUCCAUCCCAGACUCUCCCGAGUCUCCUGUUUUCAUCGAAAAUGAUCCUAAAAAGGAGAGAGGUGGAUUGGAGAGCAGACCUUUUGUCAGAGGACUUGAAGGCCGCAGCGUGAGCAUGAGGGCCCCCAGCAAGACCAAGGACACGCUGGGCAAAGUUCUCCCUUUGCGUUGGUCCUUCGGUUCCAGAGACCGGCGAAAGCCCGAUCCGGCGCCUCCGGCCAUUGAAGAUCCCGCCCCUGUUGAACUGGUUCAGUAUUUGGAAUCCGGCCGACGGCCCCGCUGCACGAAGGAACCCAUCGUGUCGUUAAUGAGCGAACCCCGUAGCGCAAGGGAACCAAAUGGACGGCGAUCCUCGAGUGCGGGGCGGAUCAGUUGUGUGGGAAAGACCGAAGAGGUCUUGCAGCCCGAGUCCACACAAGUCCCAGAGGGUCAGAGGAGGCCAUCAGAUAAAACUUCCAGCUUGAGGCGGAGUACAGAGAAGCAGUCAAAAGACGAGGGUUCUGUCCGCGUGAGCUCGAGUAGCAACAGUCUAAUCCGAAGAAAAGAAGCCAGGAGACAAGAAGAUACUGACGUCAAGCAAGGAUCAGGUUCUGGUGUUCAGAGCAGCUUUAGCACCUCCAGCAUUCUUCAAGGCACUUUGAGAAGACCCAAGGAGAACAGGACUGAUCAGGACCGCCAUGUUGCAAGCGAAGGAGGUUCCAAGGCCAAGAGCCAGGACGGGCUGCUGUCUUUUCUGAAAGGGAACUUCCUGCGGAGGGACAAGGAGUCCAGGAAUUCAGGGAGAGGAGGAGACGAGGAAGCCGGGAGAAGGACUCUGCCCAGGCCGACGUUGUCCAACGGAGCGGCAGGCGGCGAGCGGAGAAAGUCCCACGGCUCGAGUCAUCAAGGCGAAGAACUGUCCAACGGGAGGGCUGGACGGAGCUCGUCCGACAUCAAGCGCUCCCAGAGCUCGUCCAGCCUCCCCGCCCGGACCGAGCCGAGCACGCGUCGGACGGCGUCGCUGCAUCGGACCGGCACAAAGAACGCGGACAAAACGCCUUACGCCGCCCUGCAGAGGACUCGCUACAGCACCACCUCGUUGGGACGCAAAAAGCCAGUGCCAGAGUCCAGCUUCUGACUGGGACGCCACGCAAUAAAAGCACAACAAUUGCCAGCUUUGCAUUGUGGGUUGAAAUGAAGAGCAGAAUGACCUCUCCAUCCACUAAUGUGACUUGAAACAAGUGCCUGAGAAACUUCUAUGCAGUUUGGACCAACUACCUACCAAUAAUAAUAAUAAUGAUAAUAAUAAUCCACGUUUGUGUCUUAGUUUCUUUAUUGAGCUCCUUCGCUGCCAAUCACGACACAUUGAUUGUGCCAAUGCAGAGAAUGUCAUUUUAUCUCCUCGCCUCCCGUGAGUGGUCCGCCUGUGUUUAAUUCCCACGGCAAAGUCAUCCACUUAUCCCCCCGUGGCCCUGGAUCACCUUGUUGUGUUUCCUACAGAGUAAGUGAUGCACUCUGCACUACACACUCCAACUCAUCUAAGGAUGUUUGAGUCGUCUAAAUAAGCCGUUGCUGUCGUGUUGCUUUGUUUGUUGCAUGAUUCAUUUUUUUGUACCGUGGAAUUUGUUCUGAUUUGCACACCAAUUUUCUCCAUCGGAAAUAAUAAGGUAAAUAGAAAUAAUCAGUUUCAGGGUCAAACUGAACGAUGUAAUUUGGCGAACAGUCAAUGUUUUGUCGAUUCUUCCAGGAUUUUGCAGGCUUUUUUUAAGUGCUGUCAGAUGAUUACCGUAUUUUUCGGAGUAUAAGUCGCACCGGAGUAUAAGUCGCACCUGCCGAAAAUGCAUAAUAAAGAAGGAAAAAAACAUAUAUAAGUCGCACUGGAGCCCGGCCAAACUAUGAAAAAAAACUGCGACUUAUAGUCCGAAAAAUACGGUACUUUUUUUUUUAAAGCAGAUUCUUCACACUUUUGAAUGUAGAUACAUCAUGAUUAAUCACAGGUUGCAAUUCAGAAUCAGAGUUUGCUUUAUUGGCCAAGUUUGUUUAACACACACAACAAUUGAUUGAUUGAGACUUGUAUUAGUAGGUUGCACAGUGAAGUACAUAUUCCGUACAAUUGACCACUAAAUGGUAACACCCGAAUAAGUUUUUCAACUUGUUUAAGUCGGGGUCCACUUAAAUUGAUUCAUGAUACAGAUAUAUACUAUCAUAUAUACUAUCAUCAUAAUACAGUCAUCACACAAGUUAAUCAUCAGGGUGUAUACAUUGAAUUAUUUACAUUAUUUACAAUGUACAACUCUCUUUGUUCAAUGUAAACAAUAAAUAUUAACGAUUAAAAACAUAAACGAGUACUGAAAUAAGCUGCUAGGUAAUAGUGCAGUGGUGAAUAGAGCAAAAGCAAAAAGAUGACGACGUGAGCAUGAGUUACAGUGCAUCCGUGAAGUGUUCGCAGGCUUUCACUUGUUCCAUGUUUUCUUAUGUUACAGCCUUAUUCCAAAAUGGAAUAAAUUAUUUUUUGUCCUCAAAAUUCUACACACAAUACCCCAUAAUGACAAUGCGAAAAGGUAUUCUUCAAAAAAAUUGGCAAAUUCAUUCAAAUUAAAAUAAAUCACGUACUUGAUGAAAACCAACGCUUCCUAUCCAACCUGAUGGAGCUGCAAAGAGGAAUGGGUGAAACUGCCCAAAGAUAGGUGUGCCAAGCUUGUGGCAUCGUAUUCAAAAAGACUUGAGGCUGUAAUUGCUGCCAUAGGAUAUUGAGCAACAAAGUAUUGAGCAAAAGCUGGGAAAAUAAAGUGUUUCAUGUUUAAUUAAGUUGCAAAACUAAUUUUAAAAACGUUUCACAUUGUCAUUAAGGGGUAUUGUAGAACUUGAGGACAAAAAUGAUUGUAUUCAAAUAUGGAAUAAGGCUGUAACAUAACAAAAUGUGGAAAGAGUGAAGCGCUUUGAAUACUUUCCGUAUUCACUGCAGUGAAUUCACAGAGACAGUUUAGUUCCAGAGUUAUUUCACAGUGUUCAUCAGAUAGCCUGGGGCAGGGGUCUGCAACCGAAAAUGUUGAAAGAGCCAUAUUGGACCAAAAAAGGAAAAAAACAAAUCUGUCAGGAGCCGCAAAAAAAUCAAAGCUUUACAUAAUGAAGGCAACACAUGAUGUGCGUGUCUAUAUUAGACUGCAAGCUCUUAUCUGUGAGGCGACUGCGGUAUUUGGAUGUGCUGUUGUUCAUGUUUGAGAAUAUCUGCUUGCACAGGUAUUUGUUUUGAUUGCAACAGCCACCUGCCUGGCACCACGCCGUGCUGAAAGAAAAGUGUGUCACAGGCUGACGCAAAUCUUUGUUGACAGAAAUGUUAAAAUUCAAUAUUUAUAAUACAUAUUUUUACAACUUUGGAAAACAAUAGUAAAACGGCUUCUCAGAGGGUGAGAUAACUCCUUGAAAUGACUGUCUUAGAAUUACCAAAGGUAUAGAUAGGUGUGUGUGUCUGAGUUAAAGGCACACUUGCCAACCUUGAGACCUCUGAAUUCGGGAGAUUGGGGGUUGGGUGGUAGCGGGGGUGUAUAUUGUAGCCUGGAAGAGUUAGGGCUGAAAGGGAUUCUGGGUAUUUGUUCUGUUGUGUUUAUGUUGUGUUACGGUGCGGAUGUUCUCCCGAAAUGUGUUUGUCAUUCUUGUUUGGUGUGGGUUCACAGUGUGGCGCAUAUUUGUAACAGUGUUAAAGUUGUUUAUAUGGCCACCCUCAGUGUGACCUGUAUGGCUGUUGAUCAAGUAUGUCUUGCAGUCACUUACAUGUGUCUGCAGAAGCCGCAUACAACAUGUGACUGUUUGUCUGGUGAAAAAGCGGACGCGACGACAGGUUGUAGAGGAUGCAAAAGGAAGUGUCAUCACGGCAUGCCCUUAAUAUUGUUGUCCGGGCGAAAAUCGGGAGAAUGGUUGCCCCAGGAGAUUUUGGGGAGGUAAACUGAAAUUCGGGAGUCUCCCGGAAAAAUCAGGAGGGUUGGCAAGUAUGGUUAAAGGAAAUGUGAGGCGUUCAUCUUCUAAUGGAUUUAUUACAAUCGUUGGCAAGCUGGGUAUUGUUUGCUGUGGUCUGGAACAACAUGGAACAAAAACAACUAUCAGUAAUGCAGCCAAUAUUACAUACAGAUAAUGUGUCAUGAGACAUGCAAAUAUAAAUUGAAUACACCGAAGACAUAAGUAAAGGAAAUUAAAUGAGCUCAAAUAUACCUAAAAACAAGGCAUAAUGAUGCUAGCCUAAAUAGCAUGUUAGCAUUGAUUAGCUUGCAGUCAUGCACUGACUAAAUAUGCCUGAUUAGCACACCAACAAGUCAAUAACAUCAACAAAGCUCACCUCUCUGUAUUCACACACAGCAUAAAAUGUUUGGUGGACAAAAUGAGAAAAAUUAGGAGUGGCAUAAAACACAUCUAACUGUGGCAGCGUCAAAGGAAGGUUAUACAUGUACAAACCCCGUUUCCAUACGAGUUGGGAAAUUGUGUUAGAUGUAAAAAUAAACGGAAUACAAUGAUUUGCAAAUCCUUUUCAACCCAUAUUCAAUUGAAUGCACUACAAAGACAAGAUAUUUGAUGUUCAAACUCAUAAACUUUAUUGUUUUUGCAAAUAAUCAUUAACUUUGAAUUUCAUGGCUGCAACACGUGCCAAAGUAGUUGGGAAAGGGCAUGUUCACCACUGUAUUACAUCACCUUUUCUUU